UCUGUUUAAGGCAGUUGAUCGAAGACCAGAAGAUCAGAUUCAGGCAUAUUGCUCAGAUAGCGGCGACAAGGGUAGAAAACAUAAGAAAUACAAUUCUGAAAUGGGGGUUCUUCGUGGAUAUGAAGAAAGAGGCGGACUCGCUAAUUGAUAAUGUAAAAGAAUUGUUCCCAGAAAUACAAGAAUCAUCAGCAAAAGAUUUAGAUGAGAGCGAAUAUGAAGAAGGACUACCCCUGGUUCUUAAUAAAUUUAUAAGAAGUUUGGAAGCUAUAUCUAGAAUGCCAGUUAAACCUCAAAAUAUUCAAGAGUGCAGCAAUGGUUUAGAGAGUAUAGAAAAGCUUAAGCUUGCAAGUAAAGCAGGAUUCGGAAUAUUAGAUAAGAUUGGAGAAUGUACAGAGAAAACACCGGCUCAUAAACCGGUUUGGGAACAGAUUUGUUUGUUGAAAAAAGUAAACACGGCUUUCGAGGACCAAUCUCAAAAGCUGAUUUCACUUCUGUCAAGAUGGAGGAAUCUGGAAAAAUCGGAGAAAGAAGACGACAUUGAUUUUCAACCUCUUCUGGGAUUCCUUCUAGUUUAUUCACAAAUAUUUGCUGCCUAGAAUUAAAUAUUAAUAGCGUUAUAAAACCAACUUCAAUAAAUAAUAAAAGAA